AUGAAGGAUGUCGGCGCGCCGGCCUCGGCGUACGCGCAGGCCUUCUUUGCCAUCCCCGAACCCACCGGCGCCGCGCUGAUGAUCACCGGCGCCGCCGAUCGCUGUCGUGCGUUCACGCUCGUCGAGCUACUGGUGGUGAUCGCAAUCAUCGCGGUGCUGGUGGGGCUGCUGCUGCCGGCAGUCCAAGCGGCGCGCGAGGCGGCGCGGCGGAUGACGUGUGCGAAUCACUUGAGGCAACUGGUGCUCGCCGCGCACCUCUAUGAGUCGCGUCACAAGGUGCUGCCGCCCGGCUCACGAUUGCACGAUGUGCGUCAGCGAGCGGGCGUCUCCUGGAGGGCGAUCGUGCUCGACGGCAUCGAAGAGUCCGCGUUACAAGACUUCGUUGGCCUGCAAGACGACGGCGGAUACGCCAACGCCUACCCGACGCACGUGCCCGAAGUUUUCGUAUGCCCCAGUUCGCCUGAUCGUCCCACGAACAACGGUCCCUACGAUCCGGCGACGCCUUCGAGCCUACAACUCGACCGCGGCUGGUCCAACUACGCCGGCGUUAACGGCUCCGGCGCGACAACCGAGGGCGUGUGGGACCUCACCGGUACUUUCAACGGCGAUCUCUACAUUGAUGGCGUCUUCUACCCCGGGAGCGAGGUUCGAUUCUCCCAUAUAACAGACGGCGCCUCCCAAACGCUCGCCAUCGGCGAGCGUGUCUAUGGCGUUACUCGCUGGGACGCCUUGCUAGAGGGCGCCAUCUGGGACGGCCCUCCGGGCCCGACGCGGCGAAUCGACGAAGUAAGGUCCUUCGCCACCAAGAAUGUCCGUUACCCGAUCAACGCCGAUCCCAAGCAGUUUGGCUACUACUACCAAGACGCCACGGCGCCGCCCGGCGCCGAAAAGUCACUCAAGAUCAACGACUUCUACUUCGGCAGCCAUCACCCCGGCGGGGCCCACUUUGCGAUGACCGAUGCGAGCGUGCCGUUCCUGCGCGACGACAUCGACAUCAACUUGUAUCGCGCGCUCGGCAGCCGGAACGGCGGCGAAGUGCGCGACGGGGAGUUUUGA